AAAACAUGGGCGCAAGUACUCUUAUUUCCUUUUUCGUCAUAUAAACAAGUCUCGUCGGAUUAGAUCACAGUUAAGUACAGAUCUGGAAAUUCCAGUGGAGAGAUAAGGACUUGAGAUAAUCUUACGCAUCAGAAAAUGUUUCUGAAAUGCUUGCUUUAUGUUUUUGACAUUUUUGGUAUAAGAGUGUCCAGACUGGUAACUUUGGUUUAGAUUAGUAUAUGUAUGUGACCCUAACUAUGGCUACAUUAAAUUCUACGGAUAAUAUCAAAUAUAUUUAUCAAUUGCCAUUUUUUGCACGAUCGGAGAUUUGUAAAAUACUUAAUCAAAAUGAUAAAUGGGAAGAACUUGCUGGAACAUGGAUGAAAUAUGAUGUAUUGACAAUACAGAGUUUGCGAAAAGAAAAAAAUCCAACGGAUGAAUUACUAACAAUGUGGGGUCACUAUAAUCAUACAAUAUUGGAAUUGUUUGUGCUGUUAUCUAGAAUGCAGCAUUAUCAAUCUAUGGUACCAUUGAAAUCAUUUGUCGAAGAGAAAUUUCAUAAAUUACUUUAUAAUGGAGAAGGAAAUCUCCAUAGAAUACUUGGGAAACGCUUGAAUAAAAACACAAAAGAUUUAAAGAUUGGAACACAGAAUUUUAAUCAAAUUGCACCACCAGAACCAAAUAUGCCGAAGAUUAUUGUAGAGAAAAAUACUAGGGAGGAAUCCCAUAAAAUUUUAAAUCGACCUAUGCAAGCCAUGCAUGUUGGAGUUGUUCCAAGUAAUUCUAACAACUUACUUGUUGCUUCUCUAGCAGCAGCAAAUCCUGCAUUAGGUUCUUUACAACGUACUCCAACUAGCGGAAGAAAAGAUAAUGAUGCUAUCAUUUUCUCAGCAGAAGCAGCUAUACCCCAUGUUCCUUAUAGUGAACUAAGUAUAGCUACCAAUGAAUGGAACUUAUAUAAUAUAUUAGGGAGAGGUGGCUUUGGGACUGUGUAUAGAGGCACAUGGAAAAAUACAGCUGUAGCUAUUAAGAAAAUAGAAAAAAGAGGGACAGAUUCUGAUGAAAGUCAUCUACUUCAACUUCAACAGUCCUUUAGAGAAAUUAAAAUUUUAAAUUCUUGUAGGCAUGAAAAUAUAUUACCACUAUAUGCUUAUAGUUUAGAUGGCAAACUACCUUGUAUUGUUUAUCAGCUUAUGAAAAAUGGAUCUUUAGAAGACCGGUUAUUGUUAAAACAGAAAAGUCAGCCAUUAUCUUGGAUCCAACGUCAUGAAAUAGCUAAAGGAGCUGCAUGUGGUUUACAAUAUUUGCACACAGUUGGAGAAAAGCCCUUGAUACAUGGUGAUAUAAAGAGUGCUAAUAUUUUGCUUGAUAAAAAUUUAGAACCUAGAAUUGGUGAUUUUGGUUUAGCAAGAGAAGGUCCUGAAAGAGAUUCUAUGGAAGUAAGCAAAAUUCACGGCACUAGACCAUAUCUCCCAGAAGAAUUUUUACAUGGACGAAAAUUAUCUACGAAAGUCGAUACAUACAGCUAUGGUAUAGUUUUGUUUGAACUAGCUACUGGUUUACCAGCUUAUGAUAAAUCUAGGUUGGGCAAUAGGUUUCUAAAAGAUUUUAUUGACAAUUGGGAAGACAAAGAUCUUCCUUUGCUAAUAGAUAAAAAAGCAGGUGAGAAAGAUAAACAGGUUUACAACAACCUAAUGAUUUUGGGAAAGUGGUGUACUAAUCGUAUGGCACAAAAUAGACCUGAAAUGGAUUAUGUAUUCAAGAAACUAAAUGAUUUAUAAUUUGAUCACGCUUUUAUUUUUUAUUUAAAUUGUAUGAGAAUUUUAUAUGUUUCUAUGUGAAUAUCUCGUAAAUUGUAUAUAUUUAAUAUUAUAGUUUAGAAAUUGGCAAUAUAUAAUGUUUAUGAUAUGUAACUUUCUCAUAGAAUUGUAGUAUAUAAUUUAUGAUUUUGUUACAAUAUAAACAUGUGUAUGUAACAAAUUAUUACCAAUUCCUAAGGAAUAUUUGUAAUUGUAUGCUGUGUAAUACUUUUGUUAUAAU